UCUUUCGUUCGUUCAUCCGCGUAAUUCAGCACGAAAAUAGAGCGAAAGAGAGAGAGAGAGAACCCAGAUGAAAUCUUCAUUCACUGAUCUGUUGAACGGCAGCUUGGGCAUGGACAGUAGCAACUGGGCGUUUCCUGCGACGAAUACAAUGACCACGGGCUCCAUGGAAGCCCCAAGGUUCAGGUCCACGCCGCCUCCUUCCCUCCCUCUCUCGCCUCCUCCGGUGUCGCCUUCUUCCUACUUCGCCAUCCCUCCCGGCUUGAGCCCCACCGAUCUCCUGGACUCGCCCCUCCUCUUCUCGACUUCCAAUGUUGGGUCUCCCACCGUAGGAGCUUUUGCUGGGGAAGCAGCCGGCUGGAGGAGGAGCGGCAGCUACGGCGGCGCCGUCAAGGGAGAAGAGAAGGGCUUCUCCGAAUUCUCUUUCCAACCCCACCAAUCACGCUCUGCAGCCGCCGCCACGUCAUUGUCCUCCAUGUCUCAGUCUUCCUCGGCCUUGGUUUCAGUGGAGGUGUCGUCGAAGGAUCAAGAAUCAUGGAAUUACUAUAAACCCAUGAUGACAACGGAUGAGUCGCUAGUGAGGAGAGGACGCGAAACAUCAGAGUUUGCCCCGAUUCAGAACUCGGCGAUCCCCACGAGCCAAGCAAGCACACAAAACCUUACACCGCCUUCUGAAGCAUUCCAGGCCAAUGGGAAUACUAACCUGCAACCAGCCUACUUCAUGAGAGAACAGAAGAAAUCCGAUGAUGGGUACAAUUGGCGGAAGUACGGUCAGAAGCAAGUGAAAGGGAGCGAGAACCCGCGCAGCUACUACAAGUGCACAUUCCCGGGUUGUCCAACGAAGAAGAAGGUCGAGAGAUCUUUGGAUGGACACAUUACCGAGAUUGUGUACAAGGGAACCCACAACCACGCCAAGCCACUGUCCACCAGGAGAUCGUCUUCCCAAUCCAUUCAGCCUCCAUCUUCUUCCACCGCAUAUUUCGAGAAUCCCGAUCAAUUGGCUCUGGCCGCGUGCUCCGAAAACGGGCAGCAGGACUCUUCAGCCUCAAUGGGGGAUGAGGAUUUCGAAGAGAACUCUCAGAUGAGCAACUCUGCAGGCGAUGACGAGGGAAACGAACCUGAAGCGAAGCGAUUGAGAGGAGAGAAUGAAUAUGAGAGCUAUUCAGCUUCUGGCAAUAGGACUGUGAGAGAGCCUAGAGUUGUGGUUCAGACAAUGAGUGAGAUUGAUAUUCUUGAUGAUGGAUAUAGAUGGAGAAAGUAUGGACAGAAAGUGGUGAAGGGAAACCACAAUCCAAGGUACUUGACCCACCAAUUUCACAUCUUAAAGAUAUGCUCAAAUCAGUUGUGGAACCAACCAUUGAUUCUCCUACUUUUGUUGAUCUACAGGAGCUACUAUAAGUGUACAUACGCUGGAUGCCCCGUGCGGAAGCACGUCGAGCGAGCAUCUCAUGAUAUGCGGGCCGUGAUCACGACAUACGAAGGCAAGCACAACCAUGACGUCCCAGCAGCACGUGGCAGCAGCACUCAGUACGUGAACCGGCCUCUGCCUUCUAACAACAACAGCAGCAGCGUCGCGCCGAUGCCUAUCAGGCCCUCCACUGUGGGCGGCCACUCUAACAACUCUAGCUACCUAAGUUCCAUCGAGAGCACGAGGUUGCAAAGAUCAGGGAACCAAGCGCCCUUCACUCUACAAAUGUUGCAGAGCUCGGAUAGUUACGGAGCCCCGGGAUCAGGGAAGCACGGGGGAUCAUACAUGAAUCAAAACCUAAACUGGGACGACAUAUUCUCGAGGACUAAGGAAGAGCCGAGAGAGAGCUCGGACUUCGACUCGUUUCUAAACUGAAGCUUCUGACUUUGAUUUAGAACAGGACGGUGAAAAGUUACCCCCAAAACCACACACACACACACACAGAGAUAUGUCAUGUACAUUGAAGCUGUACUUCAUAGGGUAGGCAUUUUGUUCAUGACAGAAAUUUCGUAGUUUCGAUUCGUUCAUUUGUUUGUAGAAAUAGAAAGAAUAACACCGUGUCGAGCAAAAGCCAUGUCUGCUCAAAGUUUGAAUUAGCAAAAACUCAUUUGUAACGCUUUUCAUUUUGGAAAAGGGUCUACUUUCUCAGUUUCUA